AUGCACAAGUCCGAUGAUGAAAUUCCUUUUGACACUGAAAUAAAUUUUCACCAGUCAGAAUCUAGUCUGGUGGAGGCACGCCAAUCACAUUCUGGAGAAUCUCGGACUGGUUGUCAUGAAUCGUUGGCGGGUAUUGUUUACAGGAGCAUACAAGUUGUGAUUUUCUCUAACAAACUCAACUUGCUUAUGCCUUUUGGGCCUGUUGCAAUUCUUGUGCAGAAGUUUUCUGGUCAUCUUGGUUGGGUCUUUGCUAUGAGUUUGUUGGGUAUAAUGCCUCUGGCGGAGCGGUUAGGUUAUGCUACCGAGCAGCUGGCAUUUUACACUGGAGAUACUGUUGGGGGUCUUUUAAACGCUACAUUUGGAAAUGCAACAGAAUUGAUCAUCUCAAUAUACGCACUGAAAAGUGGAAUGACACGGGUUGUCCAGCUCUCUUUGCUGGGAUCAAUUUUGUCCAAUAUGUUACUGGUGCUUGGAUGUGCAUUCUUAUGUGGUGGGCUUGUUAAUCAUAAGAAGGAACAAGUGUUUAACAAGGCAACUGCUUCUGUGAACUCAGGAUUAUUGCUGAUGGCAGUCAUGGGCAUACUUUUUCCAGCUGUUCUACACUACACACACACUGAGGUUCAUGUUGGGAAGUCAGAAUUGUCACUUUCAAGAUUCAGCAGCUGUGUCAUGCUUGUGGCUUAUGCUGCAUACCUAUUUUUUCAGUUAAAAAGUCAAAGAAGUCUCUAUGUCUCUGCAAACGAGGUUGCAAGUCUUGUACCAUGCUUCCCUUUUGUUUCUCACUCGUUCUUUUGUUUGUGGAUAUGUGGUAUGGCAAGCGAUAUCAUUGAUUUGCUUGCUCUUGAGUGUAUGUAA